UCCAGACAUCCAACAUCGCAUGAACAACAUUAGGAUGAUCACUACAGAUCCAACCAAGACCUCCACUGACUCCAUGGGUAAAGUUACGUAUUUCUGGGACAACCCACAAAAAGUAGGCAGUCUAGUCAUUGACACAGAUGGCAGUAAAUUCUACCGGGGGCCGGGUAACGGUACCAGCAAUUACAUCACACAUGAUCGUCUGAAGAGUCGAAGCUUUAUUAAAGGACAUGAUGCCAUCUUCCUCCUCUCCCUUGAAGAUGUGACUGGACUUUUGAAGACCAGGAGACCAAAAAUCAGAGACCUGCAAUUAGAGAUUUAUGACCGUGAUGCAGAGGAGGAGCCAAAGAGACAGAUGGUUAACCCCAGAGUUCCUUUUAAAAGGACCAUGGACUAAAAUAUCCCCAUGAGAUGCAGGAUACAUCAUGAAGCCUCAAUGGAGAGAGAGAGAGAGAGAGAAAAAUCUUUCCAGAAUUUGCCAGAUUGUGUCUUCAUUACUGAGCUGGAGUGACUGAAUCAUAACUUGCAUUAAAAAUGUCUCUGAUCAAAAAAGAAAAAACCUUAUAAGUACUAUU